UCUAGUUUCUCUCAGGAUUUUAGGGACAACAAUUUUGACGUGGAAAGGAUGCUGAACAAAAUAUCAGUUAUGAGGAUCAUAAUUCUUGUUCACCUAUUGGUAACGAAACAAUAUCAUGCGGGUAAAGCGCCAACGUUAACUUCUUUAAUAAAAUUUGAAGAAUGCCAGACGGAAAACUUGGGGCACGUGUUUCUAGUUGGAAAGGAUGUCAGCCUACGCAAGUGUGCAGCGCAUUGCUCGAAGAAGGACUGGUGUAAAGGUUUAGCGUUUGUAAAGAAUCUGAUGUUGUGCAGUCUUUACAACAAUAUGACCUCAUGGGAGAAAAUGCAAAGCACUCGAGGCGAUUGUGCCGUAAUCUACAAAGCUAAUCUAACAGGAAUAAACUUUGCUGAUGUUGAACUGGAGAAACUUAACGAGUGCGAUGAAUUCGUCAGUGUGGCUAACGGAAUCGUUCUUGGAAACAUGAACAGGGAGGGCAACCGGAAGCAGGUGGUUUGUAACGAAUGGUUUAAAAUAGAAAGCGGCGGAAGUGACAUAAGUCAAUGUAGAAAUGGGACAUGGGCACCAAAACCAAAAUGUGUCCAAGCAUGCAAAGACGGUUGGACACUAUUUGGGAAUUCAUGCUACUACUUAGCGGAAAACAAAAUGACAGCCGAUGAAGCAAAGAAUGCGUGUAAAUCAGUCGGUGGGACACUUCUGACAUGGACAACAGAUCACGACAAGGAAUUCCUUGACUCUAUUCGAGGUGAUGGGUUAUGGACGGGAUGGACUGCAUGGACUGUAUGGCGAACAGAGAGCAAUCAAAUUCAGAACAUGUACACAAACGAGAUUAUCAGUUGGGAUCAGUGCCAUCACGGUCGUCAAACCCCGAGCGAUGAUCAUAAGUGCAUAGCCGUACACAUUCAAUUUGGUUUGACGAAGCCUUGUUUGCAUUUUGAAACCUGCAGUAACCAAUGGAAGACUGCUUGCAAGCAUGAUUUGGUACACACAAAUUAACAAAAUUUCAGUCUAAGUGCUCUUUGAAUAUCCACUUAGUUCGUUAUAAUCAAGUUUUGUGUUACACAUAAUUAACAUGAGAGCCUUGAAUUUGAUGCAAUCAUUAUACAGAAAUUUGAUAUUGUACCUUCGUAUAAUUGUUAAUUAUGUCAUUAUGUUAAUCGUUGCAUUUACAAAAUAUUGUUUGAUACUGAUGAUAUAAAUAUUCUCAAAUGAAACAUAAACCCAUACUAUUUGUCACGCUUAAUUCAAUGAUACAGCUGUAUGUCAAUGAUUUUAAUUGGAGAGUUAAAUUCUCCAGUACACGAACUUAUUUAUAUAAACAAAAAAAUAUUUAAUGGAAUGGAUCGUAAACGCAGCUCGUUUCUGUCGUUAUUUUAGUUAUGAAAAUGUUUAAGAAUCUUAGUACCUAUUUUACGUUGUUGCUUCAUUUAAAAGGAACACUGGAAACAUGUUUUCUUUCAUACAAUUGAUUUUUAAUUAUUAUAUAAUAAAAAAUGAAAAUAAUAUGUCAGGAAUAUCACAAUAUAAACAUGAUCAUGAUUUCAUUUAAAUUUUUUGUUACAUUAAAUAUUCUUGAAAAAAAUAAUUAAGUAUGUGUUGAAAUGCAAUGUCACAAAGGAUGAAAACCAUGUGUUACCAGCCCAUUGAGUGUUUUGCAUGUAUAACCAAUCUUGCAUCUGGUAUAAAGUGUAUUGUGUUUUGGGGCACACAUAUUUAGGUAUGUUUAUAGAGAAACAAUGUUGUUGAUCAAAUGAAAUAAACUAUCGCCAUUAUG